AUGGGCCCUGAUAGCGGCACUGGCCGGAAAGGGGUGGGGCCGGCGGUGGGGAAAGUUCCCAAAUCCACUGGUGGCAAGGGCCGGCAAGCGGUUGGGCGUGUGGUGGAGAAGGGAAAGAAGGAAGUCAAGCGGAUGUACGAAGCCGUCACCAAAAAGCGUGGAAGGACCAAGACAGUUCGCUUUGAAGAAGAUAUGACGGACGCCGACAAACCACAAGACCGGCCAGCAAAGAGGACACGUAGCACUGUUGAAGACCUGGUCGAAGAUAUCAUCCCUACUGUUGAGUAUCAGGUCCCCCCAAAGAAGACAAUCCGGCCAAGAUGGCUGCAAUGCGACCUAAUGGCGAAGUGGCUCAAGUUUCAGGACAAGUACCUGAGCAAGCUACUUGAUAUGGAACGGCGAUCUAGUGGCGACAACUGUCCGACAUGCCAAGGGCCUGCCAGUACUUGGCGGUGUCUCUCUUGCUUGGGCACGCCGGAGGGAUGCACCACUUGUAUGCGGAAGGCACACCGGCUACUGCCUUUUCACCAGGUCGAGCACUGGGAGGCCGAUCACUGGGAGGCAACUACAACUGCACAACUCGGCGUGAAGCUAUACAUGGGCCAUGGUGGAGAUUGUUGCCCUCAUUUAACAGAGGCGGAUGCAAGCACCGCCAAUGAUGAUGAUGCUGAUGACGACGACUGGGAGGACGAAGACUUCCCUGAAGGACAGGACGAGGAAGAACCCAUUGUGGAUGUCGACAGUGCUCCAGCUGACUUCAAUCUUGGCCGGAGGUACACACAGUUCACUCGGACAGAGACGUCGGCCAGCAAGAAGCACCGCCGGCAUCUCAUUGUGGUCGACAAAUCCGGCGUAUACGAGUUUCCUGUCGUCUGGUGCGCCUGUGGAGGCACAUCCAAGGACGAGCAGCUGUUUGAUAUGCGUUUGUACCCUGCAUCUCAACAAUAUCCCAGGACUGCUUUCACAUUUGAGGUGCUGGACGACUUUCUGAUAUGCAACUUUGAGAGCAAGGAGCCAGCUCAUGCAUAUUUCCGGCGUCUGAUACGGUUGAGCAAUGAAGCAUUUCCGGACUCUGUACCAGACCGGUACCGAGAGCUCAUGAGAUGUGCAAGGCAAUGGCUCCGGCUAACUACUCGCAAGGAAGAAGGUCACGGGUUUGGCCAGUCGGCCAUGGAGGAGGCAAUCGGUUCCCUGGCACCAUUCUGUGUGGCAUGUCCACAGCCUGGUGUCAACUUGGAUGAGAACUGGAAGGAGAAUGGGCCAGAGUGGCUUUACUAUGGCCGAAUUCUGGUGGACGGGAACUUCAAACAACAAAGCUAUGCCAAGCGCCGGCCUGAAAACGAUGUCGCUCUUGCUGAUGGACUAGGAUAUACAGUGGACAAGGCCAAGUAUGCUAAGCAUAUUGCGACUGCCAAGGACAUAGCUUAUCCAUCGACAUGUAAUGACUACCGUGCAAUAUCACAGGCCGGCCGACGUCACAAUCACCUGGCUGUGUCCGGCCUUGCAGCAUUGGUAUGUGCCCGACACGGGGUUUGGUUUCCGAACUCUGUCGUCGAUUUUGUGGAUGGAGGCGAAAGGCAAAUAUAUACGGACUACGCGCUUUGCAUGGUGAUCUGGCAACUUUGCAUGCUUCCAAAGAUCAUCGUGUUCUAUGACAUCAUCUGCCAAUACCUGAUCAAAUUCUUCCAACGGAUCGCAGCGGCACCAGAGCUGUCACUACCACCUGGUGUCCAAAUCAUCCCUGCCAUCGGUAUGUUCCAUGUGCACGGUCAUCGGGAGUUAUGCUUUGCCAGAUACAACCCCGACCACAUAUGGGGAGCUGCAAUUGUGUCCGGCGAAAUCAUUGAAAGCAACUGGUCGCCGAUGAAUAGGAGUGCCGAAAGCAUGAAGCGGAUGUCGGCCUGGGCAAGAAUCGAUUGGAUCAAUGGAUUGAUGAGGUCGACAAACCAGAAGAAAAACUACAGGGCUGUCAAAACUGUGACUCGCAGCUGGCCCAUUGCCCUCAAACGCUACCAGGCCGCUAGCAAGGAUCUGGCUGACAUUGUUGCAGUGUGCAACCCAGACUCUGUCUCCCAGUGGUCUCACCGUCUGACCGUUGCAUACUCCAAUAGGCCGACCAACGUCGCAGCCAAUGACGAUGUCUUCAAAGUUCGGGUUUUGAAACUUGCCUCCCGAUCGGAUCACUCACAUCAGGUGACUGAUGUCCAAAAGUCGGCUUCUCCACUGGUUCGCUGGAUUAACAAGGGCAUUGAUGUCGAGCAACUCCAAAUUGAUGUACAGGUGCUCUGUCGCAAGAUGGAGAAGAGGGUCAUUGUUGGUGAGGCCCGACAAAGGGAUGCUUUACGCAAGAAGCUACUGGUAGAGAUGGGCAAAUUCUUAGAAGACGCUCCCACGUUCAUGGCUGGCCUUCUUAUGGGUGCAGACUUCAGGGCAAUAUACCAGCUGGAAAUAGCAGGGGCCGGUGCCGACACACUCGAAGGCUCACCUGAAGACGGGAAAGAGCUCGAUCCUGAUGCCGAGGAAGAGACCGAUAUUGCUACACUGGAGCCGGAGACUCGCACCAUUGGACUGCCGUCGGCAUUUGGAAGGGAGCGCUGCAUUGAACAUGGCCUGCAGUUUGUUCUCGACACCGAGCUCAAACUCCGUACCGGCCAGGCACACGAUGCAAUUGGGAAGAUUCAGUCUCAUAUUGGCCGACGCUCGGUCAUGUAUCGGAAAGAUAUCCGAGCUGCACGGGGGAGUCAACAUCAAGGUGCUAGUGCCCGGGCUAGGCUCGACACUGAGACUGCAAAGGUUGAUCUCCAACGGCUCUACUACAAUCAUGCCCGCAAUGCCAUGCUGACGCUGGCCGAGGAUCCGGCCACGUUUUCCAAGUACCAGGUAAUGACACAAGCCGACCUGAAGUCUUGCACAGCAGAGCUCCGGCCCGACCAAACUGGCAUCAGGCAUGAAGGGCUGUCGUGGUUUUGGACACUCGAUAUCGAACGAGAACUGGCCGGUCCUGGCGGGGACGAACUCCUGAAUGAAUUUGCACGGAUGCAUUGGACUCGUGCACAGUGUCGGACAGAUCGUGCAAAGGAGGAGCUCACUAUUCUCAGGCAUGAGAUGAAGUGGAUACCAAAGGCGUGGUCACACCAAGCUGAGAAGUGGAAAGCACUGUCUCAAACAGACGCCGGAAAGGCUGAUGGGCACCAUGCUUACGCACGCCGACGAGAGGUGCUUGCCACCCGCCUGUCGGCCAUGGCUCAAUCAGUGUUCCAAGAUCUGUUGGCACGCCGACCACCGCCUACAGACUUCAACAUUGGCCUGGAUUCCAACGGAGAUACUACAUGGAAAGGACAUUCUACGUGA